GCCGGACCAUUCGGGUGUGCAACGGAAGUGGACUAGGCACUGCGGGUUACCAACAGCAGGCUGAUUGCCGAAGAAAAUGCUCCCAAGUAACCAGACGUGAAUUCCGCCAAAAUGUAUCGUCUCCUUCAUUGGUACCCAGAGCAUUACUAGUGUUGAUAUUGCAUGAGAGUUGGUGCAGAAACUCCCAACUUAACCCCGAGGAUUGCGGACGACUCAAGAAAACGUCAUGAAUCCCAUCAGGAUUGCCAUCAUUGGCGGCGGCCUGGCUGGGGCUUCUCUAAUUCAUGCCCUCGUCAAAUUUCCUCACCUUGAUGUACAUAUCUUUGAAUCUGCUUCUGUUUUCAAAGAAGCUGGUAUGGCUAUUGGGAUUGCCCGAAACGCUCAAUCUGCUCUUGAGCUCAUCAGCCCUUCCGCUGCACAGAGUCUCCAACGAGCCGGCGCCGUACCCAUGAGAGGUGUUCGCUUCAUGAUGGCUUACGGUGACACAGCGGGGACUGUGGCUGAUGAAGUGGAUGAUGUAGUUCAAGGAAAGCGUCUUACUAGUAUCGUCCAUCGCGCGGACUUUCUCCAAGAGCUACUCUCUGAUAUUCCUCGAGAGCAAAUGCAUGCAAGCAAGAAGCUGCUAAAAGUCGAUGGAAAUGGGCCUGUAACACUUCAUUUUACAGACGGAACUACACAUGAGUGCGACAUCGUCAUUGGUGCUGAUGGCAUUCACAGCGUGGUGCGAAGGCUCGUCCUGGGUGAGAAGGAUCCUGCAGCCUCUCCCCAGAACAGUGGUGCCUGGCUCCUAAUGACCCUUCAACCAUUUGACAAAGCUCAAGCUAGCCUGGGUAAGGAGCUUGUCACAAUGGAAGAUGCGCGCGAAUACGGGUGGGCUGGCAAACACGCAUUUCUAAUGCAUAACAUUCUGAGUAAUGGCGAACUAGUGCAAUUUGUGAUUGCUGCGAAUGAUAAAGAAGAAUCAACUAUAUCGGACCAAUGGCAACGUGUCGUAGGCGUCGACGAGAUCAUGGAGCUGUACCAAGAUUGGCCUUCUCAUUUAAACAAGGCCGUCAACGAGCUUCUGUGUGGUCAACCUGAGCAUAAGGCCUUGUAUCUUUGGGACCAUCCCAAUGCCUCCAGCUAUGUUUCAGGACCUAUCUGUAUCACCGGAGACGCUGCCCACUCGACGACACCAUGGCAGGGUUCCGGGGGUGGCAUGUCUAUUGAAGACAGUCUCAUUCUCUCCUCGUUACUUGGGCGUGCAAAAGCGCCGUCUGAGGCCCUCACGGCAUUACAAGUAUAUGACCAAGUUCGUCGCCCUCGCACACAACGUAUCGUCGAGUCAAGCCGGGCCACAGGAGCUAUGUUGACUGGUAAGAAGGAGAUAGAUCCAGAGACUAUGAGAACAUUCUUGUCUAGGUGGGACUUCAUCGUCGAUAUUGAUAUGGAGAAACAUCGUGAUGAGGUGAUCCGGCUGUUUGAGGCUAAGCUGAAAGAGGAAUGAGCAUAUAGUAGCUAGUAACGCACCCCUUUACUUACUCUUGUGGUAGCACAAUGAUAAUCACGACCAAAGGGAAGGACUGGGAUUCAGCUACGCGCCGGGCCCUUCUAUCAUCUCAUAUAAAUAGAUGGCUACUAGUAUUCAACUAUUAUUUGCGAAGAUCAUAUGCUGCUUUCAUGGAUUGCGCAAGAUUAGGCGAAACAGUUUCGCAACGAUCAACAAUAUAGAACUAUCCCGGUUCUGCUGAAUACGGCAUAUUUUAUUUAUGCAAUAAAAAUUCAGCACACGAUCUUUCUUUACCC